AUGGAUUCUGUUCAUUCUCUCGAUUCACUUGUUCUCUCAUUAUUCCUCUUCCUCUACUGCUGCAACUCACCAGCCUCCCCUCUCCCUUCUCUUCUUGCUCUGAACUGCAACCCACCACCUACCAACAACACCUCAACAGACAAUAAAGCCAUCGAAGCCCUCCUCCAUAAUCUAACCACUCAAGUAACAAAGACGUCGUUCGCGAUCUCCACUGUGAGUCUCAAUGCAAACCGAUUUGACGGGAUCAUGCAGUGCCGACUCGAUCUCUCCCCAACAGCUUGCGCCCUCUGUGUUCGAUUCGCUAAACGCUCCAUCUCCGGGGUAUGCCCGAGCUCCGAGGCUGUCACCGCUUGGUUUGACGGUUGCUACCUUCACUACUACAACCAUUACAAGUUCUCUCGCCGGAUUGGCAUUCCAGUGUCGACCCAGUCGAGCCAGAUUUAUGUCAUGGACAGGGCUAAGUUUCAACUUGCCCUUCAGACUCUCCUCUUGCAGCUUAGAGCUGGAAUCAGUCUUCCCUCGCAUCUUGGGUUUUUCAAUGGAAAGAUUCUAUAUGGAGCCAACAGCAGUAGGGUCUACGCGCUUGCGGAAUGCAUUCGGUCAGUGCCGCUGAAGGAGUGUGAAGUCUGUAUGGAUAAGGGAAUAGAAAAGCUUUAUGAGUGCUGUGGUGGUAGGGAGGGAGGGGUUGUUGUAGCUGGGGAUUGUGUAAUUCGAUUUGAGACGUACCAGUUCUUCUCAGGUCAAAUGUUUUAUGCCGGUGGGUCAGAUUCCGGUGGUUGGUCAGGAAUCGUGAGUUAUGAUGAGAGUGAAAACGGUAAUGGUUGGCAGGGUCUUAAAGUCAAAGUAGCUUGGGGAUGGUUUGUUGGAGUUGCUUGUCUUAGUGGGCUUGUUCUGGGAGCUUGGUUGUUGAGAAGAAAGGUUGUGAAUAGAGCUAAGGUAGGCAUAGCAGGGACUGAGAAUGGUGACAAAGUAGAAUGUAAAGUCGUGGCUUGA